UCAUCCGACAUGGAAACAUCACUUGUUGUCCAGCUUCGUUAUGAGGAGCUUCUUUUUUAUGCCGCCUGCAUCUCUAACUGUUGGUGUGCAUGUCUGUUUGUUUGCGUGUGUUUGGAAGGCAAGGUGUGCGGGCGAGGAGGUGGCUGCGCUGGUAUGCGCGUGGGAAGCAGCUGGAGGUGGCAUCUCUCACGGGCCAUGCGACUCGCACUGCGAUGGUGCCGAGCGUGCUGUCCCAAGAUAGGGGGUCGAGGCAGGGGAGGAGGUGGCCGGCUUCGGCAACUGCGGAGCUACAGCAAGCUGUUGCUCAAGUCUCUUUACUUCAACAGCCUCACCAACUCGGACACAUUGCUCGAUUGCGCCUUUGAACCCGUGUACUGGAUCGUGGACAGAGUGACUCGCUGGUUUGGGGUGGUGUUCGUUACUCUGGUCAUACUACUGACAACCUCGGUGGUGGUCAUCGUCUACAUGUACGUCCUCCCCACAAUCCUCAGUACCUACACUGCAAUCUGGAUUGUCUGGCACCUGUGCUGCGGACACUGGCUCCUUGUCAUGGUGGUCUUCCAUUACUACAAGGCCACCACCACCUCUCCUGGACAUCCGCCCAAGGACGACAUUCAUAUUCCCUCCGUCUCCAUUUGUAAGAAAUGCAUCAAUCCAAAACCGGCCAGGACUCACCACUGCAGCAUUUGCAACACCUGUGUCUUAAAGAUGGACCAUCACUGUCCUUGGCUCAACAAUUGCGUGGGGCAUUUCAACCACCGCUACUUUUUCUCCUUCUGCCUCUACAUGACCUUAGGCUGCAUCUACUGCAGCGUCAGCAGCAGAGAAAUGUUCCUGCAGGCCUAUAAUGCUGUCGAGAGUUACUUUCAGACUCCUCCCCCGCCAUAUACGUCGACGGAGACGACAGGCCACAAGUGCAUCAUCUUUCUCUGGGUGCUGACCAGCUCUGUGGCGGUGGCCCUGGGAGGUUUGACCCUGUGGCACGCUAUGCUUAUCAGCCGGGGGGAGACUAGCGUGGAGCGCCACAUCAACUGUAAAGAGAGAAAAAGACUGAAAUUGCAGGGGAAGGUGUUCAAAAAUCCAUAUCAUCAUGGUAAGAUGGACAACUGGAAGCGGUUGCUUGGUGUGGAGACUCAAAGUCACUGGUUUACACGUGUUCUGCUACCCUCGAGUCAUCCUGUAACGGGCAAUGGCAUUGUGUGGGACUGGACUUUCACUAAGAGAGACCCCAUGGCCAUCUGA